GCCACUCUAAAACCAUAAACAUACACAUGUACAUAUAUAUAUAUAUAUAUAUGAGAUUAUAACGAUCAUUAUUUUAUGCCAACAUUGUAUUAAACAAUUGAACGUACGACAGAUAUGUUUGCUACUUUCUUUAUGCCGAUUGGAAUUUUAUACCGUCCGAUUUUAAAUAAAAGUUAAAUUUUCACUAAAAUGGCGUUUAUUGCCGACGUUCCUCGACGCGCGUCGAAAAUUUCAAAGAAUCCGAAUAAUUCUAUGUGUGAAGAUGAGAAUUUUGUAUAUUUGCAACCGCCUAAAGCGCGUCCUGCGGUGUACGCUAGGCCUUACAGGAAACCAACCCUAAAGAUCGAGUCGGAGACCACGUAUGGCUCGUCAUACGUGAAAUUCGAUCGUGCUUCUAAACCAAAAUUUCAUUAUGGGAUACACGAGAGGACAGUGCCUGAUAAAACUGGAAAGUUCGAUUUCGAUACGGUAUAUAAACUUUCGUAUCAAGCGUCAACCGGGCAAUUACGCAGAGCUUUCGUGCCGAAAUCGUGCUUAACUAUCAAUGGCUUGCACGAUAUGACGACUACUUUCAAGCUAUCUUACUUGGAUCCUGGAUACGUAAAGACGAUGUCUUGUAAACCGCACCAAGGAAAGAUUCGACAUCCAAUACCGGUGGAUUACAACACGGUGACGAAAGAAUCUUAUCGAGAUUUUGGUACGCCUACAGUUAAAAGACCACGAAAGCGAGGAUUUUGGCAAACUAAAUCCAAGACGGACUAUCAAACCACGAAUCGAUUGUCGUAUCAAUACGUAGAACCUCUUUCGAAGAGGGUUCGCAUAUGCCAUCGGCCAGUUAUAAAUGCUGAAAUGGAGAAAGACACAGUUUACAGUACAAGUUAUCAAGUUCCUGGUCGUUGCGUACCUAAAGAGAUUAUUGUUUGUGAAUGACAUUGUGUACGUAUAAUAUAUUUAAUAAUUUUUUUGGAAAAUUCACUCGUUAAUUACUAGCGUGACAACGUAUUUACCCUGCAU